AGGCCCAUCUCUUGUACCCCCACGUAAUUCCCCCCUUUUUUCCUCCUAAAAUUCUAAAACCCUAAACCUCUUUUCUUUCUAAACUUUCCCUCGAUUCCCUGGUUUCUCUCACCACCAAUUUUAAUGGCGGAUAAAUCAACUGAGAUUCAGAAAGAAGAAAUCGAAUUAGAUGAUGACAAUAAAAGCUUCGAGGAUUUAAGCUUGGAUCCUCGUCUUCUUCGUGCUCUUAUUAAGAAAGGCAUUCAAAAACCUACCCCUAUUCAGCAAGUUGCCAUUCCAUUAAUUCUCGAAGGAAAGGAUGUGGUUGCCAGAGCAAAAACUGGGUCAGGGAAGACAUUUGCGUAUCUUCUUCCAUUGCUUCAGAAGUUGUUUUCGGUUUCGGUUUCGGAAGAGAAAAAUUGCCUAGCUCCAUCUUCGUUCGUCCUUGUUCCCACGCGUGAAUUAUGUCAGCAGGUUUAUUCAGAAGUCACGUCGAUUAUCGAGUUGUGUAGAGCUCAGUUGAAAGUGGUUCAGCUCACUAGCUCCAUGUCUACUUCUGAGAUGAAACAGGCGUUGUCUGGGCCUCCAGAUAUUCUAGUAUCAACGCCUGCUUGUGUGCAUACCUGUUUAUCAGCUGGUAUUCUUCAACCGAAAGCCAUUCAGGAUUCGCUUUCCAUGCUUGUACUCGAUGAGGCAGAUCUUCUUUUGUCAUAUGGCUAUGAAGAUGACUUAAGAGCUCUUACUGUCCAUGUCUCUAGACGUUGUCAGUGCCUCCUGAUGUCUGCUACAUCUAGUGCUGAUGUUGAGAAGCUGAAGAAGCUCAUGCUACACAAUCCCUAUAUUUUGACUUUGCCAGAGGUUGGUGGUAGCAAGGAUGAGAUUAUUCCAAAAAAUGUGCAGCAAUUUUGGAUUUCUUGCAGUGCUCGCGAUAAGUUCAUCUACAUCCUUGCUCUCUUGAAGUUGGAGCUGGUUCAGAAGAAAGUGCUCAUCUUUACUAAUACAAUCGACAUGGGAUUUAAGUUAAAACUUUUUCUAGAAAAGUUUUCUAUCAAAUCAGCUGUUUUGAAUGCAGAGUUGCCACAGAAUUCAAGGCUACAUAUGCUUGAGGCAUUCAAUGCAGGCCUUUUUGAUUACUUAGUUGCAACUGAUGACACCCAAGCAAAUGGAAAAGAUCCGGAAGACAGUGAGAAAAAUUCAGAGGGAAGGAAGUUCAAAAAGCGCCGGAAACCAAAGUUGGAUGCUGAAUUUGGUGUAGUGAGAGGCAUAGACUUCAAAAAUGUACAUACGGUUAUAAAUUUUGAGAUGCCUCAAAGUGUUGCUGGAUAUGUGCAUCGAAUUGGACGGACAGGAAGAGCUUUUAAUACCGGUGCAUCUGUUUCUCUUGUCUCUUCAGAUGAUAUGGAAUCUUUUGAAGAACUCAAGUCAACAUUAUCAGAGAAAGAAAGUGGUGAAGCUAACUUCAUUGCGCCAUUUCCUUUACUCACCAGCAACGCGGUGGAAUCAUUGAGAUAUCGAGCAGAGGAUGUAUUAAGGAGUGUGACAAGUUUUUCUGUUCGAGAAUCACGAGCGCAGGAUCUAAGAAAUGAAAUGAUCAACUCUGAAAAAUUGAAGGCCCAUUUCGAAGCUAAUCCUAAUGACUUUGAUCUUUUGAAGCAUGACAAAGUCCUUAGCAAGAAGGAACCUCCUGCUCAUCUGCGGGAGGUCCCUGAAUAUUUACUGGACCCAACCACACAAGAAGCAAGGAAGAUUGUCAAAAUUGCUCGAGCGGCAAUGGGUCAUAGAAAUCCCGGUCCUCAUCCUGGUUCAAAGAGAAAAUCCAGAAGAAAACGAGACCCCCUCAAGACCUUAUCAGCCGAGGGACCAAAACAACGUACCAGGAUGAAGAAGAACAAACCAAAUUAACCCUGAAUUUGUAGAGUUGAGAAAAGGUUUCAAAAUUGGCGUCAAACCAGAUCACUUAUUGUACGAGAAUUUGAUGUGUAUGGAAUAUAGAGAUUUCGUCGUGGCGUGAUCUACUCCUCAGAAGAUCCAGAGUUAGCCAUUUCAAACUUUCUGAGCCUUACCAAGUAGAGGCAUCAGCAGUCUGGAAGUAAUUGUUAUUAUUUAUGCAAUCCGAACUAGCAAUAUGGCAAUUUAAUUCAAUAGGAGGUAACAUUUAUGUUCAAUUCUUAAGAUAAUUGUUACUCGAGGUGCAAUGAAUGUUUGAAUUUGCUA